AUAUUCAACCCCCCUUUUCCUAUUCACCCUUCCUGUCUUCUCAACUCUGAUCUCUCUUACCAACAAAAGAGAGAGAACAACUAGUCAAAGCCACCUGCAAAAUGGCUUCUACUUCUUCCUUAGCUUUCCCUUCUCUGCAGCUACAAUUCCAAACACCACGCAAGUCCUUCACAUCUACUCGCCGUGUUUUCCUCCGUCCGAUCUGCGCUUCUGUCUCCGAAAAGUCAUCAUCUUCAUCCUCCUCCAUCUCAUCGCAACCCGCAGAACCAACCCAGCUUCCCUUGAGGAAAAUCCCCGGCGACUAUGGCCUUCCAUUUGUUGGUCCCCUCAAGGAUCGCCAGGACUACUUCUACAACCAAGGCAGGAAUGAGUUCUUCAAGUCUCGCAUCCAGAAGUACCAGUCCACCGUGUUCCGAGUCAACAUGCCACCGGGCCCUUUCUUCACCACCAAAUCCCAGGUCAUCGUUUUGCUCGACGGCAAGAGCUUCCCUGUUCUCUUUGACGUUUCCAAGGUCGAGAAGAAAGACCUCUUCACCGGCACCUACAUGCCUUCAUUGGAGCUCACCGGCGGUUACAGAACCCUCUCCUAUCUCGACCCCUCGGAACCCAAGCACGACAAGCUCAAGCGCUUAAUGUUCUAUCUUUUAAAAUCCGGUAUCAAGUCUGUGAUCCCCGAGUUUCACUCCAGCUACUCCGAGUUGUUCGAAACUCUUGAAACUAAGCUCGCUGACAAGGGUAAGGCCAGCUUCAACGAAGCCAACGAUCAAGCUGCGUUCAAUUUCUUGGCUCGAUCACUCUACGAAACUAGUCCAUCAAAUACCCAACUCGGCACCGACGGUCCUAAAUUGGUCCAGAAAUGGGUUCUCUUCCAACUGAGUCCAAUUCUAACUCUUGGUCUUCCCAAGUUCAUUGAAGAUCCUCUGAUUCACAGUUUCCCUCUGCCACCGUUUUUGGUCAAGAAAGACUACCAGAGACUCUACGACUUCUUCUACCAGUCAUCCGGCCACGUGCUGGACGAGGCUGAGCGGCUGGGAGUGUCAAGAGACGAAGCGUGUCACAAUCUGAUAUUCGCCACGUGUUUCAACUCAUUCGGAGGCAUGAAAAUCCUCUUUCCCAACAUGCUCAAGUGGAUCGGCCGCGCCGGGGCCAAACUCCACAGCGAACUAGCGCAGGAGAUCCGCUCAGUUAUCAGAUCCAACGGCGGGAACAUAACCAUGUCGGCCUUGGAGAAAAUGCCUUUAAUGAAGUCUGUGGUGUACGAAGCUUUCAGGAUCGAGCCACCGGUUCCGUUACAGUACGGUAGGGCAAAGACUGACCUAGUCAUUGAGAGCCACGACGCAGCGUUUAAGGUUAAAGAAGGCGAGGUGUUAUUUGGGUUCCAACCUUUUGCGACCAAGGAUCCCAAAAUCUUUGAAAACGCGGAGGAGUUUGUGCCGGACAGGUUUGUCGGUGAGGAAGGUGAGAAGUUGUUACAGCAUGUGCUUUGGUCUAACGGUCCUCAGACGGAGGCUCCGACGGUCGGGAACAAACAAUGUGCCGGAAAAGACUUCGUGGUUUUGGCAUCGAGGCUGUUGGUGGUGGAGUUUUUUCUCCGGUAUGAUUCAUUCGAGAUUGAAGUAGCAGCUUCGCCUUUAGGAGCUGCCAUUACUAUGACCUCGUUGAAAAGAGCUAGCUUUUGAAGAGUUGAGUUUAUGGUAAAAAUUUGAUUUUAACUAGUAGCCGUUGUAAAAUUUUUGUUCUGAGGUGAUGAUUGUCCUAGGGUAUAUAAGGUUGUUUUUGUUGUGGGACUUUUUGCAUACUGAUCCCGCAGCACUAUGUAGCUUUGUAUCCAAAGGUGUGUGCUAUCCAACUAUGAAUGAAAAUGAAUAUUUCAGUGCAUGUGGGAAUUGUGAUUG